CAUAAAUACAAAAUAUAUUUGCAAAAGGGGCAAAAACAGCAGUGGCAAGAGCUCAGUUACCACCAAAAGCAGACGUCACUUCCCCUUUCCUAUUACAAAAAAAAGAAGCACAUGUCAUACACAAUUUAAAAGUCCUCUGAACAUCGUGGCACCGCUAUGGAGCAUAUUUAAACAAAACUAAUAAAAACCCAGCUAAAAACAGGCAUGGGAAUUGCACACUGUACGACACACAUGGCGAGCGCUGCGUGGAUGGGGUGGGACCUCUAGGACUGGUCCCCUUUAGCGCUCAGUCCUGCACCUUGACGUACCUUGUGUGUGGCCAAACAGGUAGAGGGAGGGGAAGCUCCACCCGUCACAUGUGCAUGUAUAGAGAGAAGCGCCCCCCCCCCUGGGAGACACCCAGACCCGAUCCCAAUCUCCCCCUGACGCCAACUCCGUGAGGUUCAUUCAUCGUGUGCCCUCCGCAGGAGGUCAGCGCCCUCGGAGAGAACGGCGAGGGCGCCGACCUGGACACGUGGGCGGUGCAGUGCGACGGCGACCACUGGGAGCACGGUGGGGACGUGCGCUUCAGGCAGACGUUUGAAUCAUUUCUGUAGACGCUGACUUUUUCAAAGGAAAUUACUCACAAGUAAUUGCGAUGUGACGUUAAAAACAAACGGGACAACCAGUGAAAGCGUGGAGCCAUAAAAAAACAAGGGACGGCACAUUUGUUUUCACACUGUCAUAUUAAAACGUAUACAUUUUAAACAUGGAGGGAAAAAAAAACUCAACAUUUACUUCAUAAAAUAUUUAAUUUUAAUUUAAUUUAAUUUAGAAUUACCUCUCAUCUCAUGAGUAAAGAUCCUGGAAGCCAGAACUGGAAUUAAACAUGUGAAAUAAACGCCGUCCGCCGAGGCCCUGAGGCCCAGCCUCCGGGGGCACCGUGGGGGGGCUUCGGGGUUGGGCCCCAGAUACAAAGCAGACACCCAGGUGAAGGAAACGGACGUCAAAUGAGAGACGUGCGAUGCGACCAACCAGAAGCGUCCCUGGUCACACGCGCACACCUGCAGCGACCUAUCGCGUGUGGACAUGUGCUUCCGCGUUUGCAGCACUUGUCAAGCUGUGAUUGGCUGCCGCCAGCGGCCGCGCGCGCGCGCAGACCGGCGCCGCUUCCUGUAACCGCGCCGGCGAGCAGCGAGCGGAGGCACGAAGAUGGAGAUAACUGGCGCCGCCCGCCUUGUUUUCAGGUCCCUGGUGGUCCUGCUGCUGUGGUCACAAUGUGAAGCGGGGGAGUCGGAGCUGAACCACGUGACCUGCGGCUCGCUGGUCAAGCUGCUGAACACCAGACACAACGUCCGGCUGCACUCGCACGAUGUCAAGUACGGCUCAGGCAGCGGGCAGCAGUCUGUAACUGGAGUGGAGAACGCAGACGACGCCAACAGUUACUGGCAGAUCCGUGGGAAGCCCAACCGUCCGUGUCAGCGCGGGACGUCCAUCAGGUGUGGUCAGGCCAUCCGCAUCAUGCACAUGAAGACCAGCCGCAACCUGCACACGCACCGCUUCAGCUCGCCGCUGUCUAACAACCAGGAGGUCAGCGCCUUCGGGGAGAACGGCGAGGGCGACGACCUGGACACGUGGACGGUGCAGUGCGACGGCGACCACUGGGAGCGCGACGAGGACGUGCGCUUCAAGCACGUGGGCACCGACGUGUUCCUGAGCGUGACCGGCGAGCAGUACGGCCACCCCAUCCGCGGCCAGCGGGAGGUGCACGGCAUGAGCUCCGCCAACCAGCACAACUGGUGGCGCUCCAUGGAGGGCGUCUUCAUCCAGCCCAGCCAGGCGCCGCUGCGCCACGACGAGCUGUGACGCGCUCGCUGGGAGGCGGGUUCCUGCCCGGGGGCUGCCUGUCGCUCAGCUCUUUGACCAAACCACGCCGUGUUUGGAGGACGUAGGAUAUCCGACUCCUCUGUGCACACGUGAAACACUGAUUUAGUUAUUUUAUGAGCGCAAUGGUUACAUAUGUGGUCAUUGAGUUUUCUCCUUUUGAGAAUUACGUGAGGGAGAGAAUAUUUAUUGUGAGAAAAUAUGAUAAAUUCCCUGUUAUAAUUUCUAUUUUCACUAUUGAAACAUGCUUGACGGCGUCGUGUUCGUCUCGGUCAUCAUGCAGCUUCUCUUGGUUUAAGUCUUUGCAUUGAGGUGUUCUCACAAUCAGGUGGUAUAAUAUAUAUUCUAAAUAAACGGAUCCUUGUGUUGCUCUGCAGCCUUUAGGAAGUCAAACCUAUUCCAGUCUUUAAGCCUGUUUCUUUGUCAAGUCGUAAAAUGAAGAGUCAAAGUAGAACUAAUCCCAGGACCAGCAGCACCGUGGACCGGACCGUCCCGCGGGCUCUGACUGCUGCCGAACAGCUGGACGCAUCGGCCAAUCAAAACGCGAGGAUAGGAAGCGUCGGCUGCUUCUAGAACAUAUUGGCUGUUCUGUUAUUGAGUGAUUGGAGACGUGUUGUGAUUGACCGGAGGUGUGAGUGCAGAAAUAAACCCACGGAGUCAUCUGGA